CGCCGUUUCACCAUUUUCGUCGCCAACGGUCGCGGUAACAUGACGGAUCGCAACCACGGGUACGACUUCGUGUACCUUAAGAACACGGUGGGCGCGCCAUUAGCUGACGCCCUGGCUCAGCUGGCACUGGAUCAGCCCGAAGACCCCAUCGAAUACGUGGGCAACUAUCUCCUAAAGUAUGUCUCGAACGAACGGCAACGCACCGAACGCAUGAUCCAGUCGCGCGUUCGCAAAACGGAGGCGGAUUUCGCGGCUGAAGAGGUGGCGAGGAAGCUAGCCGCCGCACAAAAGGUCAAGGAUGCUUUGAACGAAGCCAUCUUGGCCGACAACGCGACCCGGGAAGAGAUUCUGAGCGCCAACGACUGGGACGUGCUGUGUCGGGUGGCCAUGAGCAAGUUGGCGGCGGCCACUCAUGCGGAAGCUUGCUACCUGGGGCGCCGCGUGACCGACGCGGACGGCGCGAACUUUAUCCAGUGGUUUGCAGCCACGGACUCGUCCAAGGCGGUUGUGGACAAGUUUGUCGGCGAAGAGACGGGGUUUACAUUCGACGUGCUCAAGGAAGUCGAGUUGGACCCUCCGGCGGUCGACUCCGAGGGAAACCCCGUUCCCCCCGCAAUCCCCCCUUUUGUCCACGUGGAAAACGUGAUUCGGGAGCCGCGCAUCAAGUACUUUGGCAUCCCACGAAUGGGGGCGUACUUAGUUAAAGGCAUCAAACUCAACAGCUAUUUGCACGAUGACGUGGCGCAAGGAGAUGCCAUGCCCACGGUCGAGAGCUGGCUCAUUGUGGCCGUUGACACGCUGGGCGCCGCGCGGCCGUUCAACGGCGACAACAUCCGCGAGUUCCUUAAGUGGACAGCCACAUUGGGGGAAGCUGUCGAACAGUACGAAAAGCGAACGGCUGUGGCCCAAAUCGAACUGCGCAAGGUGGACGAGCGAGACGUCAAAGGCAAACUCGAUGCGAUCAAGGAAACCAUCGCCGCCAAUGAGACGCGCGUGGCCAACGCCGUCGAGGGCAUCGACGACGAAGCGCGCAAGGCGGUUGAAGAAGCCACGGUGAAAGCGCAACUCGUCCACGACCUGCUCACGUCGCACCUGGACGCGCUGCACAUCGUCGGAACGUCGCUCAUUCCGUUCAAAGCGCCGGUGCUCAAGACGCUGGCCGCGGGUCUCGUGCUUCUCGGCGACGAUGGGUUCGCCAAGAAGGACGUUGUGAAUGCGGCUACGUUGAUGCCUUCGUGGGAUAAACUCCGCCCGUGGCUGACCAAUGCCCACUUGGUCCCAAGAGUUCAGGCGUUCCAUGUCCGGUCGGUGCCCCUGGCGGCUGUCGCGUUAGCCAAGGAGCUGCUGGGGGACGUUGGCGCCGACGACGUCGAGCUGCCCGCGCCGUCCGUCCUCGUGCUAUACAUGUGGAUUCAAACCAUGUGUGCCACUGCCGAAGCGUUGGAGGAGGCGAGACUUCGAGCGGAAAACCCAGACGAGUAGAGCAACCUGGCCGAUGGUUGUGUGGACGAAUGAAUAUUCAUGUUUAAUCAAGAAUUUACUCGUCGAUAUAUACAUACAUGC